AUGGCUACAACCACGGAUGGCAACUUCGUGCAACCUGCAAUUCCAAAAUUCAGUGAGCAUUAUGAUCACUGGGUAAUGCUCAUGGAGAACUUUUUAAGGUCAAAGGAGUAUUGGAAUCUUAUAGAUCCAGGGAUUCCUCAACAUGUUGAUGGUACUGUAUUAACGGAGAACGAGAAAAAAACGGUGAACGGGCUUAAGCUAAAAGAUUUGAAGGUAAAGAAUUACCUCUUUCAAGCCAUCGAUCGAUCUGUGCUUGAAACAAUUUUAAAGAAGGAGACUUCAAAAGAGAUUUGGGAUUCCUUAAAACAGAAAUACCAAGGCACUGCUAGAGUGAAGCGAGCACAGCUUCAAGCCCUACGACGUGAGUGGGAGAUUUUGCAGAUGAAGAAUGGAGAAUCAGUUAAUGACUAUUUUGCUCGAACUCUCACUAUUGCAAAUAAGAUGCGAAUGUACGGUGAACAAAUGUCGGAUCUUACUGUUGUCGAAAAGAUUCUUCGCUCAAUGACCUCCAGGUAUGAUUAUGUAGUGUGUUCUAUUGAAGAAUCUCAUGUUUUGGAUUCCAUGACUGUAGAUGAACUCCAAAGUAGUUUGUUGGUACACGAACAACGAAUGAAUGGGCACAAGUCACAUGAAGAGCAAGUGUUGAAAGUAACUCGAGAUGAGACAAAUACCGGUCGUGACCGUGGAAGAGGUGACUUUUGGAGUGGAUUUGCUCGAGGAAGAGGCAGAGGAGGCAGACAACGAGUAGACAAGGCAGCAGUGGAAUGUUAUUACUGUCAUGAGUUUGGACAUUUUCAAUAUGAAUGCCCAGAGAAACCACAGGACAGCAUUGCAAAUUAUGUUGAGACCAAUGAGGAAGCAGUGUUUACUCAUGGCACAACUUUCAUCAGAGGGAAAAUCAAACACAUAAGACAUGUGGUUCAUCGAUUCAGGCUGCAGCAACCACGUGACAGGAAGAAAGGAUUGGUUCUCCUCCAUUGA